CAAAGAAAUAUUUAAAAAUAAAGAAUAAUUAUGAUAAAUAGAUUGGAGUUAUUUUAAAAUUUUUGAAUUUGUAACCUUAAAGAAUUGUCUGCUGUACAAAUAAAUCAUGAUAUAAAUAAUAUUAUAACCAAGUAUAAUCUUAAGAUGUGGAAUAAAAGUAUACUCUAAAAAUAUAAUCACUUGGACCAAUAAUCAAAGAUGUAAAAUAAUGGGUGAAAACUGUUAACUUUACUUCAAAGCAUGAGCAAUCAUUUUUAAUUGACUGAGUUAUCCAAGCUGAAAAAAAUCAGAAUAAUUUUUGCAAGCUAAGAACUUAGCUGACAAAUACUUACUCAGUUACCAACCCCAAGCUCUAUGAGCUCCAAGCUUAAAAAUUGAUAUAAAUUGUGAUCCUUCUCCAGUCAUGUCAUUAUUCAGUUACAAUGGCUAAUGCACAACUACAAGUAAAGUUUGUUACAAACAGACUCGGGAACCAAAACCUUGUACACAGUGGGUUUAAGUUCCAGGCAAAGAACAAAAGGGGCAUAAGAACUUACUGGAAGUGUUCAACUGCAAACUGUCCUGCCACCAUCAAUACUUUGAACAACAUACCAACCAAAGUCUUAGCAAACCACAACCAUGGGUCUGACCACAUGCAGCUGAAAGUAGACGAUGUCAUCCAGAGAAUGAAAGUUCGCUGCACAAAUGAGCUGACACCAAUUCCAACCAUCUACGAGGAAGAAUUGGUUAAACUCAGAAACGACGACUGGAACGACGACACACAAGAACUUGUAGAGAACAUUCCAACUUUUCCAUCUUGCAAGAACACAAUGUACAACAAACGCAAGAAGAACCUUCCAGUUUUACCAAAAACUGUUGAUCAAAUCAACAUAGAUGGUAUUUGGACACGUACAACCAAAGGCGAUCCAUGCCUGCUAACAGACGACAACACAGUAGGGCGUAUGCUAAUCUUCAGUACGCAAAAGAAUCUAACACACUUAUCAGCUGCAGAUAUCAUAUAUGGUGAUGGUACAUUUUACACCUGUCCGAGCCUAUUCUUCCAACUGUACACUUUUCACGCAAUGGUUGACGGAGCAAUGUAUCCACUCGUACACAGUUUACUUCCAGCCAAGAGUGAACUAGUAUAUACAAGGUUCCUGACUUUACUUAAAGAUCUCUGCCACCAACACCAACUACAACUUCAGCCUACUACUAUCUUCCUGGACUAUGAAGUCGCCAUCCGAAAUGCAGCAUACUCUGUAUUUCCUGGCAUCAACGCAAAAGGCUGUUUCUUCCACUACACGCAAUGCAUCUGGAGAAAAGCACAAGAAACAGGUCUUCAGGUUCCAUACAAGGAUGACAACAAUAUUCAUCAACUAGUACGCCGUGCCGCUGUACUUCCACUUAUACCCAUUGCUGAGGUUGAAGAUGUGUGGUUUAAUGCCCUAACAGACAUAGAUCAGAUUGAUACCAACAUCAACUACACACCCUUUACAGACUAUGUAACAACAUACUGGGUUGAACAGAACAGUCACCUUUGGAACCAUUACUUAACACAAGGACCGAGGACAACAAAUCAUCUAGAGGGAUGGCACAGCAAGCUGAAGAAACAUGUCACGCAUCCACAUCCAAACAUCUUUGAACUAAUUAAACUUCUGAAACAUGAGGAAGCCUUCAACGCCCUGACCAUGAUCCAGUAUGCAGCCGGUGGGAAGAGAGUGGCACCAAAAAAGAAGUAUGUAGAAAUCAACAACAGAUUAGACGAACUUAAGGUUAGACACCGCAACCAGGAAGUCACAACAGUAGAGUUUGGUGAUGCAGCCUCCCACCUUCUUCACGUGGAAUAGAUUGAUAAACUUUAAUAGACUUGUAUACAAUGAUUGUCUAAUGUAUGUGCUACAAUGUGUGAUUUGAUCUAGUACGUGCUGUUGUAUAAUUUGUGUUAUAUUAUGCUUGCUUGAAUCUACAGUUCAAUUUGUGUUAUAAAAGAAAUAAAAUAGUUUACUUAUA